AUGUCGCCGCCUUCUCCCCCCCGCUGCGCGUGUCCCGAGGCCAAAGACGAUAGACCGGCCGACAAAGACGCUGCGCCGCCGGCGGUUCCGUCCUCGCCGACGAUAGAAACGAGAGCGCCGGCCAUCGAUGUGGCGACGCAGCCCGGGGACGAAGACGAGUUCGACAUAGACGACGAGCCCUUUGGCGGCGACGGCGUCACCAGCCUCACGUCGAGCGUCUACGCCUGCACCUUCGAGCGCGGCAGACGCUACCACUGCUUCAAGAACGCGCGCUAUCCAAUCCCAAACGACGACAUCGAAAAGGACCGCGAGGACCUCAAGCACGCCAUGCUCAUGGAGCUGACCGACGGCGUCCUCUUCUACUCGCCCGUCACGAACCCGCAGCACAUCAUCGACUGCGGCACGGGCACUGGCAUCUGGGCGAUUGAAGUCGCCGAUCGCUUUCCGAGCGCACACGUUCUCGGCAUCGACCUGACGCCCAUCCAGCCGCUCUGGGUACCGCCCAAUGUCGAGUUUCUCGUCGACGACUGCUACCAAGAUUGGCUUUCCGACGAGACCGCCGACCUUGUUCACUUCCGCUUCAUGGCCAUUGUCCUCCGAGAUAUUCCGUGCGUUCUGGCUCACGCCUACAAAAGCCUACGGCCUGGUGGAUGGAUCGAGUUUCAGGAGCUACAAGGUUUGCCGUACUGCGACGAUGGAACCAUGAGUGACGAUGACUCGUUCAAGCGGCUGUAUGAAAUAGCCAGGGAAGCCUACUCCAAGUUUGGCAUGAGCACGACAAUCGCAGCAGAGCUCGAGCCUUACCUGCGCGACGCUGGCUUCACCAAUAUCCACUGCAGAGUGCUGAAAGUUCCCAUCGGCGUCUGGGCCAGGGACGAAACGAUGCGGCUCAUCGGCCUUUACCAGAAGACGGCCGUCGUCGAGUUCAUCUCCACAUUCGCCGGCCGCCCGUUCGAGGCCUUGGGGAUACCGGCGGCCGAGAUUCAGUUGACGCUGGCAAUGGCACGAAAGGCACUCGAGGAUACCAGCGUCCACCGCCUGUCUCCGACUCUUGUGGUUGAGGGAGCAGACCCUGAGUAG